CGAAAGAGCGAUGGGGGACGCGGCGAUGAACGUCGCAGCGUCCGGUAGCGGUGUUAGCGAUAGCGGUAGUGGCGGCGGCGGCGGCGGCGGCAGCGGCAGCGGUAGCGGCGGCGGUGGCGGCGGCGGCGGCGGCGGUGUCAGUGUCGGCAGUGGCAAUGGCAGCGGAAGCGGUAGCGUCAGCAGCAACAGCGGCGCGGGCAACAGCGUCGGCGGCCAUCGAAUCGUCAAGGAGGGCUGGCUCCAGAAACGCGGUGAACAUAUUAAAAAUUGGAGGUCGAGAUAUUUUGUCUUGAGAGACGAUGGUGCUCUGGUCGGAUUCAAGGCAAAACCUGAUCCACAAAUGGCUACGCAAACAUCUACGCAGCCAUUAAAUAAUUUUACAGUACGUGGAUGCCAAAUAAUGUCAGUGGAUAGACCUAAACCGUAUACAUUUGUUAUUAGAGGCCUGCAAUGGACAACUGUAAUUGAAAGGACAUUUCAUGUAGAAACUGAACAAGAUAGGGAAGACUGGGUAGCAGCAAUCAGAUAUGUAGCAAAUAGAUUAGCAAAUGAAGAAAAUCAGCAGCAUGAACAACCCCAAAUGCAACAAUCUUCCUCUUCGGAAGAUGUUGAUAUGGAAUCGUCAAUAGGUGCUAGGUCUGAUUCUUGUAGCUCUUUAGGUGUUGUAUCUACAGAUAUAGAUGGUGGUAGUAUUGAUGAAUUAUCAGCAAAAUUCAGUGUCCAAGGAACUUCAAGUAGUAAAAGCACUGGCAAAAAGAAAGUAACACUUGAAAAUUUCGAAUUUUUAAAAGUUUUGGGAAAAGGGACCUUUGGGAAGGUAAUUCUCUGUAGAGAGAAAGCAACGGGACAUUUAUAUGCUAUUAAAAUUUUAAGAAAAGAAGUUAUUAUUCGUAAGGAUGAAGUGGCGCACACACUUACUGAAAACAGAGUAUUACGCACUACUAAUCAUCCCUUUUUAAUUUCUUUAAAAUAUAGUUUUCAAACAGCAGAUAGAUUGUGUUUUGUUAUGGAAUAUGUAAAUGGUGGUGAAUUAUUUUUUCACUUGAGUCGGUCACGAGUAUUUGGUGAAGAUCGUACUCGAUUUUACGGCGCAGAAAUUAUAUCCGCUCUGGGUUACUUGCACUCGCAAGGUAUUAUAUAUCGUGAUCUCAAAUUAGAAAAUCUUCUCUUGGACAAAGAUGGGCAUAUAAAAAUUGCUGAUUUCGGUUUAUGUAAAGAAGACAUUACGUAUGGAAGGACAACAAAGACAUUUUGCGGAACACCAGAAUAUCUGGCACCAGAAGUACUCGAAGAUAAUGAUUAUGGACGAGCUGUGGAUUGGUGGGGUGUGGGUGUAGUCAUGUAUGAAAUGAUGUGUGGUCGAUUACCUUUUUAUAACAAAGAUCACGAAAAGCUAUUUACGCUUAUUUUAUUGGAAGAAGUAAGGUUUCCUAGGACGAUUAGUAAUGAAGCAAGAGAUAUGCUUGGUGGUUUGUUAAUAAAGGAUCCAAGUAGAAGAUUAGGUGGCGGACCCAAUGAUGCGAAAGACAUCAUGAAUCACGCAUUUUUUUCGUGUAUCAAUUGGACGGAUCUGGUCCAAAAGAAGAUUCCUCCACCUUUUAAACCGCAAGUGACUUCAGAUAUUGACACUCGAUAUUUUGAUAGUGAAUUUACUGGCGAAAGUGUUGAACUUACGCCCCCGGAUCAGGGCUGUUUAGGUAGUGGAGGAGGUUUAAAUUCUAUAGCAGAAGAACAAGAACAUUUUCCGCAAUUUUCGUAUCAAGAAAGUCAUUCUGCAGCAACUUCUUCCAUUGUCUCUAUUAAUCACUGACAGUGUCAAGUGUCUUGCUUAAUUAAUGUAAUGAGAUGUGUGGUUUAUUAAUGCAUGAAAAAUCUCGAGCAAAAACAUUCAAUUACAACAUGUAUCUGACAAUUGUCUACAAAGCUUAAAACUUUCCCGAUGAUAGGCAAAUCAAUAAAAUUAUCUUUCUUUA